AUGAGAGGCAAAUGUCCCCGCAGAAAGGUGAAGAAGAGAAUAUUAUCUCACAAAUCUGAUCGCAGUACGAGAUUACCGAUCAAAGGUGAUGACACGGUGUUCCUCCCCGAUGAACUUGUCACUGAAGUUCUUUCAUUUUCUGAUGUUAAAUUCCUUAUGCAAAUGAGGUGUGUAUGCAAAUCUAUAAUUUCCGAUCCUAUCUUUGUGAAACUCCACCUUAAGCGAUCCGCAAGAAACCCUCACUUGACACUGUAUUUUGAAAGAUCCAUUCUUUCUAGGGAUUUUGGUGCUUUACCGUUCCCCGUUAGUUGUUUAAUAAUAGAGAACCCGUCGAUCUCCCUUCCUAGUGAUCCUCGUUAUAGUUUAAAGGAUAACGACUAUGAAUAUGUUGUUGGUUCUUGCAAUGGGUUGCUUUGUUUGCUUGGUUAUAAGUCAGGUGGUGGAAAGAUGUGGUUCCGUUUGUUGAACCCUGCCAUGCAUAAAAUGUCCCCGAAGUUAGGCUAUUUUCGGGGAGGUCUUAUAAGUUUAAAGUACAAGUUUAAGUUUGCAUUUGGUUAUGAUAAUUCAUCAGAGACUUAUAAGGUUGUGAUGUUAGGUUUGGAUAACGUUCAAAAUAUAACUAGUGCGCAGGUUUUAAAUUUGCGUGAUGAUGUUUGGAAACCUAUUCAAAAUUUUCCUGCGGUUCUUCUUCCUUUUUGGCAUACACAUCCUGGUGUGAAUGAUGGUGUUUAUCUGAAUGGCACUUUUAAUUGGUUGGCACUUCGGAGUGAAUUCCGUCCUCAUCUUUAUGAUUGGAAGAACACUGAUGUUAAGGACUUUGUGAUUGUUUCAUUUGAUCUAGGAACAGAGACAUACACACAGCCAAUGCCUCCGUGUGGUUUUGAUGAAAUGUCACCUGUUGAGCCAUCAAUAUGUAUAUUGAUGGACUGUCUUUGCUUUUCUAAUGACUAUAAGAAAACUGAUUUUGUUAUAUGGAAGAUGGAAGAAUUUGGAGUUGAAGAGUCUUGGACUCAACUCAUUAAAGUUAGCUAUGAAAAUCUUCAGAGUAUACGUCGUGGCUCUGUUGACUUGGUACUUUCUAGGAAUAUACGUGAGUUGAAUUUAGCUAAGCCUCAUAAUUAA